UGUGUGUGUGUGUGUGUGUGUGUGUGUGUGUGUGUGUGUGUGUAAACCAUAUCAAAACACCCUCUCUACCCUUCACGCAGACGGAGGAGAAAGAGCGGAGUGAAUUCUGGUCGAGUGAGCUACCACCGCCGCCUCUGCCCUGGACCUUCUGGACGGCGCUGUUCCACGUCUUCUGCCUUGUGUCCACGAUCGGUGGCAGCAUCGAGGCGGCGACGAUGGGCGGGCGGACGACAACCGUCAUGUACUCCGUUCUGGGCGUCUCGCUCUAUAUCGUCACCGUGGUAGUGUGGGCGGCCAGAUGCGGCGCCGUUUUAUCUGUGAUUCUCAGAUUAUUUGCGAAGAAAAAGGUGGAGUCCUCGAGCAGUAAAGGCAGACCGUCGCCUUACCACAGUAUGAGCGAACGGCGCCCGGUUCCGGCUCACCAUUCUCUCAGAGGGCUUGUGACGCUGAUAUUCUUGCUCCUCGCGUAUGUAUUAAGCGCGGGCGUGCAUUUAGUGGGCGGUCGAGAUUACUGGUGUGGUCUUGAGAACUUACCCUGCCCUGUUACUUUUAAGCCCCACCAACACCACUCGGAUCACACUACACCCUUUAAACCCCCUGCACCCGUGUCCCUUGCACCCCUAAGCCCCCCUUUUAAUUUCAGGGGAAAAAGGAAGUUUUUAGUUUCAUUGAUUCGUGAGGGGGUUUUAUUCCUCCGGGGUUACCCCGGCUAUCAGCAAGGUUUUUAA